AUGACUCGAAGCGCAUACAAAGCUGCCAUCUAUACAGUAAAUGAAUCCUGGCCUGUUCCUCAGCCAAAUUGCUCCGAGGUGAAAUGCAAUUGGUUCAGCUAUAGUUCAUUGGGUAUGUGUGCCAGUAUCAGGAACGUCACUGACCAGCUCAACAUCACGACAAUAUGGACCCAUCCAUCCUCAGAUGACCCCUCAGUCAACAUAACGGUAUACAAUGUCACCUUGCCGAAGAACUUAGGAUAUCUUCGUUGGAAAGACGCCGACGAUAGUAUCCAACUCAACAUGACCACUCCCAGGAAAGAUCCAUACGGUAUUGUCACAGACCAGGGUUCUCCCCUGGAGAACAGAUGGACCUCUCUCGGCGACUGGAACAAUACAGAUAUUCUUCACGCCACAGUGGCCCAAUCUUUCUUCAUCUACAGUAACACCAACCCUGACCGUUCCCGAAGGUUUCGCGCUAUCGAAAUACUCUACCACUUUUGCGUGUACAGCUAUGAAUCCGAGUUCAUAAAUGGCACGUCUACUACGAAAACACUCUCUUCAACAGUGCAGAUCGACCAAAUGAACUUCCCCGGCUACAAAUAUGGACAAAACUACACGUCUUUUCAGAUGAAGGAUGCGGAUGGCAAUGCCGCGUUCAACGUUACUGUCACUUACGCACACUCUCUGCUUGCGCUCAGCCUCGGCUUCAGCGGCGCUUAUACGCUGGGAGACUUCACUGGCGGCAGCGGGGUCUACGGCGAGAACCUUGGACGCAAGUUCUUCAACGAUAUGUCGAGGUCUUCUUCGGAUGCUGACGUGGACGAAAAAACAUGGCGUAAUGUCCAGAAACUGACCAGCAAUGUUGCAGACGGAAUGACGGCAUUAGAUUUACACGACUCCAGUAUGCGAAAUGGAGAUGACCACGAAAUGGUUAAUGGGACUGCUUACAAAGAAGAGACCUUCGUACGCGUCAGAUGGGAGUGGUUGUCUUUCUUGGUUGUCCAAAUUGCACUCACCAUCAUUUUCCUCGCUGCGGUGAUGAUUCAGACGGCAAUUCUGGAUAUGGAUAUCGUCAAAAGUUCAAACACGGCCGAACUAUUCGCCCUUCAAGGGCAAGGGAUGGAAAGGGUCCCUACACUCAAUAGGGAGAAUUCACUGGGCGAGAGGUUUCAGUACAAGGGAAUUAAGACGAGAGUUCACGGGGCCUCUGAAGGAAGGCUGAUCCGAGAUCCAGGAUUUGGGUGGAAACUUCACAUCGAUUAG